AUGUCCUACAAAUCAUAUGCUCGGAUGGAUCAACCAUCUUGUAUAUACGAUCGAUCUUGUCGUAUUGUGAGCAUACCGUCACAGGUACCAAUGCACUGGGCGAUACCACUAUAUGGUUAUGUGAUGCCAGUAAUUGUUAUGUUAACAUUGGCAACAAAUUCUUUUAUAGUAAUAGUAUUAUCACAUAAAUAUCUACGUACUCCAACAAAUUAUGUGCUAUUAGCAAUGGCGGUCUCGGAAUUGUUAACAGGACUAUGUGUUAUGCCAUGGUUUAUGUAUUAUUUCACAUUGUCAGGAUUUGAAGCGGACAUUAAAUACGGUCUAUCUUCAUUUUGGUGUAAUGCUGCACCGUAUAUGGCUGCUGUAUUACCGUCAAUAUUUCAUACAACAGCAAUUUGGUUAACUGUUUAUUUGGCUAUACAACGAUAUAUUUAUAUUUGUGUACCAACGCUUGUUCGUCGAUUUUGUACGAUUCAUCGCAGUAAACAAGUGAUAUUUAUUAUUUGUAUAGCAGCUGUUUUUAUGUAUAUUCCUGAUGUAUUAGCAUUUGAAAAUGAAUCGCUUGAUGUAAUGGAUUAUAGAAAAAAUGUGACAAGACGUAUGUGUUAUCGACGACAAACGUGGUUAUUACGAGCAAUUGGUCUCGAUGUAUUCUAUAAUCUUACAUUUUGUGCACAAACUGUAUUUGUACAUUUAAUACCGUGUGCAAUGCUUGUGGUAUUCACAUGGAAACUCAUCCGAGCGAUUCAAUUAGCCGACAAACGACAUGCUAGCCUUCUUUCUAAAUCAGCUCGUCGAAGAUUCUCUGAACCACCACCGUCGACGGAUUCCUUGACACAUGAAAAGAACUUUCCAAAACUUCUAAAAACACAAGAAAGCGUUACUGAGCCGAAACGAGCUCAAGGAUUGAAGCAGAAUACUCGAAUGCUUAUCGUGGUUAUCGUAUUAUUUCUGGUGACGGAAAUUCCUGCGGCAUUGAUAUUUAUUAUCCACGUUUUGUCAGUAUCGUUAAAGUCCUACGUGAUCAAUUAUCAACUUCUAAACGUUCUACUAAUUGUGAGGAAUGUGCUCAUUGUUAUCUCGUAUCCAUUCCGUUUUGCAAUCUACUGUGGAAUGUCGCAACAAUUUCGCGAUGUGGUUAGACAGAUGUUUACUGGAAAAUUAUUGCCAAGAAUUGUACAUGACAAGGAUAAUUCUACAACAAUAGCAUUGGUCCAUACAACGAUCGACAAAGAAAGUGAUGAGAGACGCAAUUCUUCUGCUAUUCUUUGCUCAAAUGGAUUGAUGUCGACAUCUUUAUCUGCUUUUCCUAUCAGAAAUAUGAUAAAAAUUAGCGAAAAAGGUAUUCAAUGCGGAUCGUCUGCCCUCGAGACUCCAAUACCUGCUGUUGACUCAUGUACGAGGGAAUUUUGCUUGUGUGAUAAUAACGAUGCAGCGGAACGUCGUCAUCAGAAGUUAACAAGCAAAUACGAAUUAUGUGAUCGUUCAACACAGUGUAAUAUCCGUAUGGAUUCAUUCACGCCGGAACGUAAAACUUCUAUUAUACGUACAGAUCUCGGAGAGAAAACGAUCAUUUGUGAAGCUAUGUUCUCACGAAUUGUUUAA